GCAGAGCUGCAGUCAGUCAGAGUCUCCUGUUGCUUCCACCAGUCCACAACGCAGACACGUUCACAGCGUCUCACCGUGUUUCUGAGGAGCUUUUCUGCUGGUUUCACUGGAACUCUGGAACGAUGCCGCUGAGAGAAGCUCUUCAGAAGCUCUGAGAUGGAAAAGACCUCCGUGGAAGAUGACUGCGUGGAUUCAGGAGCCGAGACCGGAGGGUCUGAUUACAGUCCCCUGUCCUCAACCAGCAGUGGAGGUGAGUUAUCCAUGGGUGAGCUCCAGGAUCCAUUCCUCGUCAGCAUCCACCUCAUCACCGACCCCGGCCAGGGGAAGUUCCUCCAGCGAGCUGCCGAUGCCGUGCUGUCCUGGGUUCAUCCUGAGCUGCAGCUCUUCAGAGUCUCUGAGCGAGCUUCGGUCUCCCAGCGGUCCAGGUCCAAACGGCAGCAGAACGGCGGCCCUGCGGGAUGCCAGCCGGCUCUGGCCGUCAUCCUGUUCCUGCAGGAGGCGUACGGUGGUGAGGAGCACAUCCUGAUGCUGCACCGAGCUCUGCAGAGGCCUCCUUGGCGCUACCACCACACCGAGAAGGUCAGCAACGGCCGGCGGAUGCUGCCUCUGACGCCGUGCAGCCAGGACUUCUUCACUCUGUCUCCUGGAACGCCGCUCUGGGCCGUUCGGCAGGUCCACUACGGGAAGGAAAUUGUGCGAUUUACAGUUUAUUGCAGCCACGAAAACUACAGCGACAUGGUGCGACUGUACAAGCUGCUGUUGCAGCGCAGGGUGGCCCAGAAGAAGGAGGACUUCUGCUUCUUUGUGGUUUAUUCCAACCCUGACAUGGAGAUCCAGCUGUCGUUUAAAAGGCUCCCUCGGGGUCAGGGUCCUGUGGUGCUGGAGUCGGCGGUGAUGGAGGUGAGGGUUCGAGACGUUGGAGUCCUGGUUCCUCUGCUGCCUCACCCCUGCAGCCCCAUCAGCGAGGUCCGCUGGCAGACCGAGGACUACGACGGAAACAAGAUCCUGCUGCAGACUGCAGUCAGCGGUUUGUCUACUCAUGAAUCACUGACACUGAGCUGCUACAGCUGGAGGUUUUCCAUCCUGUCAGUGGGACUGAAGCACAACAAAGUGAACUGUGGUGUUUUAAAGUCUGUGAAACCUACAGAACUUUCUCUGUUUCUAUAUAAAUAUGACCUAAAAUAUCACGAUAAAUAUGAAUUCUAAAGGUUUUACAAGCUUUCAGGUACUUUUUGGAGAUUUGCAGUUUGUCAUCAGGAUAUCAUAAAAAGUACUACUCCAAAACUGAUUUCAUUUAAAUCUAAUGAAAAGGAACUAGAUAUUUGUUUUUAGUACAAUUUGGCCUCAUAUAAAGGAGACUUUCUGAAACCUGAGGCUUAGAAUAGUUUCUUUUCUGGAUUCCCUGGAUCUCCACCAACCAGUCAGAACGUAUUAAAUAUUAUCUAGUAACUCUAAUCAUGGGAAGAGAUCUGGAGCCGCCACAUGUCAGGAUGAAAAUAAGCACAGAAGAAGGUACAGUUCUGGAUUUAUAAUGAUUGUGUGCAAGAAAAACAGAAGGAAAAAGGUUUCAGAAUGGGAUGUAAAACUGGUUCUGAAUCCAGAAAUAACAAGUUCCUGCAGGACAAAGAGGCUUUUAGUGGUUUUAAUGUGGACCCCUAAUUUAAUUCAUUCAUCCACUCAUCAUCCAUCCAUUAUCCAGACUGUUAAAGUCGUCUGCUGUAGCUGCUGCGACACAACAGGAAGUUAGUGCAUAAAUGAGCGUACAGACGGACGGACAGACCUGCUGUUUGAAGGGUAUCAGUUUCCGGUGCGUCCAGCCGGUGGGAGGUAAGUCGUUCUGAAAGUUCAAGCCGAUUAAGCUGCAGUCCAUUACUGGGAUUGGAACAGCAGAGAGAGGAACAAUAAGCUAAUCUGUGGUGACAAUGGACCAUAUGCAUGAUGCUGAAGCGCCACCUGGACGGGAGUCAUGUGAUCAAAGUAAGACUUUAUGUCAAACAGUCCCGAAUGAUUCCAUAAAACAGCUUCACCCGAUUAGCCCAGCUUAGCAUAAAGACUGUAAACACAUUAUGGAACAAACAUGGUGCUGAUCUAAAGAGAGCUGGAAGGUUUCCAAAAUGUCAAACUAGUUAUUUCAAAUACUGCCUGUAAAGAUCUGCUGCAGGUUUAUACCUCAGAUAACACAGGAACACCUCAGAGCAAUCAGUUUUAGUUAUUUCAUCUUCUUCGGCUCUUUUACAAAAUCAAACUGAACAGAGGCAAAAACAUCCACAGCUACUGUAAAAUCUGAGUGUUUAAGUGUUGCACUUUGAAAAAUAUUUAAAAUAUCUGCACAGAGUUGUCCAAUAAUCCAAACGUGAUGGAAUAUGAACUGAUUUAAACAGCAGAGUCUUUUAUCAGGUUUCUACAAAGUCAUAAUACCGGACUUUCUAUGAUUAUUGAUGUGAGAUUUAACACCAGAAAAAUAAAUCAAUCAAAUGAGUAUAUUUUAAUAAAAACCAUGUGAUUUAUUAAAGUUACUGCACACACAGAUAGCUGGGAUAACUAUAAACUAGUACCGCUAUGAACAGAACAGCACACAGAAUAACUUAUUGCUGUCUUAAACAACUAAAAGUUCACCUGAAACUUGAGUUUAGAGGGUUUUUACAACAGAUGGAGCUGUUUCUGUCAUUCAGGAUGUAAAUACGUGUUCUGUUUUGUGUCUUUGAGCUCCUUCAAUAAGUUUGAGGUUUUUCUACUGCUUGUUCCAAACGCUCUUUGUGCUCUUUGUGCAUGUUUAGAUUCUGGCUUUUAGUCAUGUUUAACUCGUCCCUGAUCAUCCGACACAAAAACUCCAUGUUUCUUUUCUUUGGACCACAUGUUAUGCAGUAACUACAGCAUCUUUGAUUAGUUAGAAUCAAUACUAGUACAACUGUGUUCUCAGGAUUUUUGGCAUCAGCUCAGUCACUUCCUGUGUCCUUAGUUUAAUGUUCCACCAUGGGAGUUGGAAGUACAUAAGUUUGAGUUUGUUGUUUUAUGAAAAAGUUGCAUUUUCUUACACAUACAAUAAACAUUUAUAUAGAUUACCCAACCAAGUGAGUUUUAUUCCCAUCCAAACCUCCAAAAUGCUUCAGCUGUCAGUCUUUUUCCUGUGUUCUUCUUUAAUACUAAAAAUACUACACAGAAAAUGAAUGGGACGUUAGCUUUCAGAAUCCAGCUUCAUUUUCCUAUUAUCUUCAGGGUCUUUAGACUCUAAAAGAAUUCCAUUAUCAAUUAAUCUGCUCAAAAUGUUCUCAGUUUGAUUCGUCUUACUGCUUUUAAGAUGAAAACAGUGAACAGCAUCUUCUCCUGUCAUGUUCUGUCAGAUCAUCAGCCCAAAGAUAGUCAGUUAACUAUUAAAUAUGACAAAACCAGCAGCAAAUUCUCACGUUUUGGCAUCUGCAAUAAUGAAAUGUUUGCUUUUUUUGCAGAAAAAUGGCAAAACAAUGGAUAAGUUUUGUUAAUUUUCUGUCAGUCCCCUCAUCCGUCCAUCAAUGAAUUAAUUUUUUCCGCUUUAAUAAAUUAAAGAUGUGGAAACCAGCCGUCCAUCAACCAAAAUAUGUUCCUAAACUUAAAUCUAAUCUAGUUUUCGUGCCUCUGCAGUUGUCGUAGUGGAGGAUUAGCGUUGGGUUGUCGUGUUUUUGGCUGCUGAGGUCAGAUCUCCGGCUGACCUGGCAUAUCCCAAGAUAACUAAAGCUUAGAGGAGCAAAGGGUCUGAUCAUCGCCAUGUCAACAAGCUCAUUACCCACAACCCCCUGCUGCGACUCCUCAUCGCCAUUGUGGCAUGUCGUCCUCACGGAAAACUGGACACAAACUGUCAGGUCGCAUUAUCAGACGGAGGGAGACGAGCUUUCACCCAAACAGGAGCUGCUUCCAUAGAAAACAACCGUCUGAUGAUGACAGUAAAUCACACCUCCAGCUUUCUGGUUCCCAGCUGCAGAGAGAAGGAACGUUCCAGCACAAGAAGGAAAGACGGAGCGGAGAAGAAAGUGAGGAAAAGAUAAACAGGAUGAAGUGGAGUGAAGAGACGAAGGGAGACGGAGGAGAGCUGGUUUAUAGAAGGACUCUGAGACGUUGAGCAGAGAGAAGAAAACACUCCAGGCUUUGUUACGCUGACGGUUUAUUUCCAUCCUCACACACGGUUUUAGUUUUAUACUUGUGAGGACCUUCAGUGACAUAAUGCAUUUACAAACCUCUGAUUCUAACCAUCACAGAUACAGAAAGAAAGAUAAACACAGCAGCACUUUACAAAUCUGUGUGUGAAACUCUUCCUCAGCUUCAGUUUAGUGAUUUAUUAUUCAAACUCUUCAGUGUUCUGGUGGUAAAGUGUCCUGUAGUGAUGCAGAAGUUAAACUCUAUCUAAAACCCUUUUCCACUGAUCAUAAGCUGGGAUCUCUUUCUUAAAUCAAAUAAAUUAAAUAGAUUUUAAAAGUGCAAAAGUUUCCUGUACUUACGAAAUAUUUAAUAAAUGUGGGGUUUUCUCUUUUAAUGUUGCUAACAUGAAGAAAUAUUUGCUCAUUCCUGCACACUGUAAAUAUUUCUAUUAGGAUUUAUGACCUAAAAUUCCUUCAUUUGCUCCACUUUCUGACUAAUAUCUGACUUAAACUUUCUACUAACAUGCAGAACUUGCGUUCUUUUUAAAUAGAUUUAUCCUUCUUUAGUAAAUAUUCUACUUGUUAGUGUUCACUGUGAUGGACUCAGUUACCAAAUUAAAUUACUUGUAUGUGAAAACCUGCUUGGCAAUAACUUUAAUUCUGUUUCUGAGAGUUUUCCACUAAUAUUAGUGCAGUUUUAAAUGAUUAAAUGAAGUUAACCCAACUCAUUUUAUUUGUUCUUUUAUUCAGAUACCGUAAUGUUUUGUGCUUUCAGACAGAUAACAUUUCUUUUUCCACCAAAAAAUGUUCAAAGGUUUACCAAAAAUGUUGAAAAUGUGGACAUCAUAAGUUUCAUUGUGAAAAUAUAUUUUUUUUCCCACAUUUUUAAAGUUAAAAACGGAUCAAUUUUGACCCGCAGGACGACACGAGGGUUAACUAAGUUCAUGAUUUUCAUGUCAGUAGAUGCUCAUUGAAAUGCAGUCAGUUGAAUAUUAGAAGUUUAGUUCCUCAGGACAGACAGUUAAACCACAAACAGCGAUAAACAGCAUGUAGAUAGUUGAAAUGUGACAUUUCUGUUAGUCUCGUACAGGAAUGAAUGGAAACUAUUAUAAUAAUUAUGCAAAAUGAACACAGUCAGCUCAGAUAACUGCAGUCAGACUAUAAUUAUUAUUAUUAUUGUUAUGCAAUAAAUGUGACAAGCCAGUGUCUCAUGUUUUAUGUCCUUUGUAGCUGCAAAGGACCAAUAAAGCAUCUGUCUAAUCUCUGGUUUCAUGUGGGCACGAGGAUUUUACUUCUCAAGGUUUGGAAGUAUCUUCCUCUUAUCUAGUAGAGUUUUGUCUUUCAGUGAAGAAUCCACAGCUCUUUUCAGAAACAACAGAAACUCUGUUCUCCACCCUGUUAGUGAGAAGCAGCAGGUAAUAACUGAACGCCCACUCAGCUCCUUUAAACCGCUGUCCCCUUAACGAGCAAUCUGCUUAACGAGCUGCACUCUGGAAAUACAAACAUCCUGAUCAGUGGUUCCACAGUUUUAUGUUUUCAUGCUGUUUUUCGGGCUUUUCUGUGCAUUGUGGGAGUUUUUAUUUCACUUUACAGCAGCACAGAGACGUUCACAGUUAUGAUUUAGUUUCUGAUUCAGCUCAUUAAAACCAGCAGCUGUAACCAAACCAAAGGCAUUAACAUCUUUUUAAAACAACCCAUGAUCCCUUCAUCUGCAGGUUUCUGUUUGUUUAUCUUUUGCAUUGUCGCCUACUUUGUAAAGCAUCUUGAAAAGUGCUUUAUUAGUGUUAUGGAUUACUUUUAUUUUCAGUAGAAAAGAUGAUAGUUAGACAUACAAAUUAAUCUAACGGGUUUAAAUAUUGGGAUUAAGACCCUGUAGUGUGAUUAAUAGUUUGAUUUUACCAGGAUACAUUACAUAUUAGGGAUUAAAACCCUAAAAAAAUAUUUAAAAUAUGACUUUACCUCACUCUAAUACAUAAUAAGGCUGAGACUGUCCAGCGUUUAUUAUGGAAUAUUCGUAUAUUAGAGAUUAAAACCAAACAAAAAUUACUUAAAAUAUGACUUUACCUGACUAUAAUACAUAAUAAGACUGAGAGCCUACAGUGUUUAUUAUGGAAUAUUAGUAUAUUGGAGAUUAAAACGAUAAAAUAUAGAAAACACUCCUUUACCUGACUAUAAUACAUAUUAAGUCUGAGACCAGUUUUUCAGGUGCAGCAAACUAAGUUAACACAACAAAUAUCCUGUUUUCUAGUGUGCUUUGUGUGUAACUUCAGACCCUGCAUGGCAAUAACGCAUUACUUUUAGUACAAUGAGGAGAAAACCAAGAUGUAGCAGAUAAUAUUUGUUUAAGUAGGAUUUUCUAUGAGGAUCAGCAGUUAUUUGAACUCAAAAUUUUAAUAAAAAUGUCUUAAGUUGGCAUCUCAGGAUUAUUAGUUUUGUCUCAGUAAACACUGAACAAUGAUCAUUACCUUAUAAUAUGAUAAAUAAACAUAUUUUCAUGUGUGAAAAUCGUUGGUCUCUUACGUAUGAUUCAUCAGAUGUUAACUAAAUCCUGUCAACUGAUAAAUCAACUCAUUAUUUCAUUUAUUAUUCUGAAGGAUGAUAAAUUUCCUCCCUGGUAAAAAGUUGGACUCGUUUAUUUCUUCAGGUUAUAAAUACUCAGUUAUUUCCCACACUGCCUGCAGUCUGUGGUAGUAAAUCAGUUCAGCUCUUUGUGAUAUUUAAUGUUGUUGAACUUGAACAUAUGGAAAUCUCCAAACCUCCUCCUCCAUCCCGGUGCUCCUGAGGCUGCUGUGUGGAAACUUCUUGCUUCUCUGCUUCGUCUGCUGGAUGACGGAGCAGACAGGAGAACAGAAACAUGGAGAAGCUAUCAGACGGAGCUGAAUGUGUGGAAACCAGGAAGUCACAGAGAAGCUGAACUGACGAAGCACAGAAACGUUUAAAAACAUUUCCACAUUUCUGUCAGGACGGGGGAAUGUUGCUGCUCAGGACGAUAAUGGACUGAAGAUUUGUGGUCGACUUUCUGAGAUCUUCUGGUCCAUAAAUGGAGGUGUGAUCCUCUGGGGCUCCUCUGAUGACUUCUGCAGCUGUGAUUCAUGAAGGGGUCCGGCUGUUUGGGGUUUCCUGGUUCCCCUUUCCUCUGACGGUGGCGUGAGGAGCGCCGGGUUGCAUGAGAGGGAAGCUAAAGGUCUUGAAUGUGGACCUCCUUCCUUUGUAGCCCCUCUGAUCAUACGAUUCACCACAUGGACAGAACAUACGUUAAAAUGGGAGCCUGGCUGCGCUCUCUGACACACCAACAAGCAGAAACUCCUUCUAAAGUGCUCUGUUAAAAGUCAUUACUUAAACCUACAGGGCCCAUAUCUAUGCUUUUUGGGUUCCUCUUCCUUUAGAGUGUUGUAGCUUCUUUAGUAAAAUGUGUGGAUAGGGAGUUAUUCUCUGGAAAAAGACAGUUAAACCACAGCAGGUGAACAAUAAUAAACAUGGAAAUAGCUGAUUUUAUAGCUAGCUUCCCAUACAGUUGAAUGGAACUAGUUUUAAUAAUUAAUAAUAGCUGCAGAGGUUCAGUGUAGUGUCUUCUUGUGUUUAGCCAGCUGUCUUUGCAGGUUCUUCCUCUGUCCUACUAGAGUUUUAUCUUUUAGUGUUUUUAAAAAGCAGCUCUUUCCACUAAUGGUCUGAUAUCUUUUUAUUGGGACUGUUUCUGCUGAAGAAACUAGUUUAACUGAAAACUUUGAAAUCCAACGCUGAACACUAAAAUAAUUUACAAGUUUCCAUCAUUCUCAAAGGUUUCAUCAUUGGACCACAGCUUCUCCACUCCAUUCACUUUUCUGAUGGAGUUUCCUCAGGUGUCUUUGUUUAGCCAAAGCUCUGGUCACAUGAUAACCAGUAGUUAUUACUGUGAUAACUAAUAGUUAUUAUUAUGAUAAUUACUAGCAGAAACCAGGCAUUGACCACUGACUCCAGAAUAUUCAGUCUUCUCUCACUCAGACUCUCCUGUUGUCCUCAUAUCUGCUUCUCCAGAUUUGUUCCAGCCUCAGUAACAACAUCAGCAUUUCUCUCCUCCACUGUUAGUGAAGCAGCAGAUAAUAACAGAACGUCCGCUCAGCUCGUUUAAACCACGUCCCCUUAACGACCAAUUAGAUUAAGGAGCUCCAACCUGUUUCUGGAAACAUCCUGAUCAGUGGUCUCUCAUUUUUAAGUCUUCAUGCUGUUACUUGGGGUUUGCUCUGCUCCUUACCUGCCUGAAACACCUGGAUUCAAGUCCAGGUUUUCUUCUGGUUCUUAUUUACGUCAUCAUGAAACACAUUUACAGAACGCCACGCCUUCAUACAAAAAAUGAGCUUCACAAUGUGGCAUGGCUUUCUGUCUGAAACCACAGCUCCUCUGCUCAGAGAUCUGGUCGAAGCCGGUGUCAUGCUUCUGCUGCUGUGAGGACACUGAGGUUUGCAUGACGUCAGUUUGUCGCAGCAUGCAGGAGUCCAGAAUAACACCUCUGCAGACGUCCUCAUGCAGCCUGAAGUUUGUGUCCUGGCAGGAGGGUGGAAUGUCAGAAACAUAGAUCUACUAAUAAUAGAACAGAAUAAUCCCAGUUUCCCAACUGGAAACAAGAGUGGAGUUAUAGGAAACGUCUACAUGUCCACAGCUGAUGAAGGAAUAUAUAAUCCAGACCUUACAGGACAUUAACUUUAAACCCUGCCAGACUGAGGGACCUUAAAGAAACAGGAGCUAAAAUGGAGCAUUUCAGAAAAAGAGUGAGAAGAGAUGCUGAAGUAAUGAACAGUAUGAGGAAAAUAGUGUGUUUUUUGAACUUUAAAGCAAAUGUAUUCUUGUGUCUUCUAGUUAUUCUAGUAAUAAUACAAACCUUUAAAUGUGCAACAUAAUGGACACCUAAUGGACAGCUGGACUAAAAUCUCACAUCAAUGGAUCAACAGAGUAAAACUCGAGAAAAGAGGAAAAUAUGGCAGUGGGGUAACAAAAAUACUUUGAAUCUUCCAAAACCAGACCUUACACAGCAAUUAAACUUCAGAAAUUCAAGAUAAAGGGUUUUAAAACCAGACAGAUCUGCAAGAAACUGGAAUCCUAGAAUCAGAAUGGAUCAUUUUUUAAUACUGCUCAGAGUUGUAAACAAAAGGAAAGCUGUCUGUGACUGACGUGGUAGAAACCAAACAGCUGCUGGUGGCAUCAGAGGAAACUCUGAAGGUUUGUUUGGUCCAUUUCAUAUCUGUAAGUCUGCAGCUCCUGUAAUAGUGCAAGCAGAACUAUUUUAUGUGAAACACUGAGGUAUGUCUUGGAGAAGGAUGUUCCACUUCAACCAGUUUCUGUCUGAUGGUUCAGGAAGGGAAUCCAGGGAUUAGACUGUAGCAGGAGUUAUUUCUGAAAAGGGGAAGCAGCAGUUUGAGGAGCUCCUUAACCAGAAAUAUAAACCCUCUGAAGGAGAAAGAGAAGGAAACCUUAUCCUGGUUUACAGAAUGAAACAGAUUCAGUGGAGGAGGGUCUGAAUGUGUCUGGACUCUCAGUGGAUUAUUAGAGGAAAAUUAGACCAGGACAGUGUAAAAUUUAAUUCAGUCUUUGUGCAGGUAGGAGUCUAGUCCAGUCUGCUGCUGAACCUCAGGUGAGCUUUACAGGAAAUCUGACAUUAAUUAUUAUUAUUAUUAUUAAAGAUCUACCCUCUACCCGUUAAUGCUAAAUUCUAGACCUUUUCUCCAACAGUAGACCUUCUGACAUGUCGCUGAAGGAAAAGCACACAUGUAAAUAAUAAAACUGAGCAACAACUGGAAUCCAUUUAGAUGAUCCAGCUCCAGAGCCGUUUGUCAGUUUGACUCACUGUCAGAGUUCAAUUAAUGGAACAGAAUGAAAGUCAGCAGCUCAACCUGGGAUUUUAUUACUGAGGCGAGUCCAGAGUCUGCUGGGAAAAAGAUCCAGAAGAGAGAGAAAUAAAGAUAGAUAUACCAGGACAAAAUGAACAUCCUUUAAUCCUCCUGUUGUCCUCAUUUACGGGCACCAAAAAAGUAUUGUUUUUUGUCUGAAAAAAAUCCAAAAAUUCAGCAAAAAAAUUCCUCAAAUUUCUGAAAAUUUGCAAAAUCUUCAGGAAGAAAAUUCUAAGAAUUCCUUAAAAAAUCCCUCAAUAAUUUGAUUUUUAAAAAAUCCCCCAAAUUUGGCAAGAAAACUUUUUUUUUUUUAAAUUAGUAAAAAUCUUCCCAAAAAAAUCCUAUAAA